AUGAAAGUGAUCAGCCUGUGCCUCCUGGUUGUGGCCUCCGCCAGCUUCCUCCUGACCACCGUCAGUGUAAGUCCAGCCAAUGCCGUGGAGUCCUACGAUAACAUUUCCGACCUCGAGUGGGAUGUUGCCGCUUUGGUUUCCGAGCUCGUGGCUCUCGAGGACAUGGAUGGCGAGUUCAUGGAUGUGGAGUCCUAUGGCUUCUUUGGCGCCUGCAAGAAUGUCGUGUGGAAGGGUCUCAAGGGCAUCAAUGGCACCAACUGCAUCAUCAAGGAGGUGAUCAAUGUGAUGAGCGCCUGCACUAGCUAUGUGGACAACGUUGGUCACUGCACCCUGAAUGUGCCCAAGGAUGUUCUGGCCAUUGUCAACAAUGCCAAGCAGAUGGUCACCAUUGGCGACAACAUCAUUCACCUGCGCUCCCAGCUCUGUGCCACCUCCAACAACACCACCACCACCACUCGGGGCGUGGUUUCCGCCACCAAGAACACCGGCAAGUGCAUCUUCAAGCUCUUCAGGGCCAUCCUGACCCUGAUCCGCCGCAUGAACAUCAUUAUCCAUGAGUCCGCCCAUUUGCCCGCCAACACCGCCACCUGUUUCACCAGCGCCACCAAGAGCGUGGUCGGCUCCUGCAACGCCUUUGUGCCCAACAUCAACUCCUGCAUCGACAACAUGUAG